UUUUCAGGGUGUUUCUGCCAAUGUUGAUGGGACGUCCACAAAGAAACAUGAGAAAUUCGUACCGCUAGUAGCAUUUGAAUGUGGCUAUCGUAAUAAGUAUAUGAGUGAAGAUGGCGUGUGGGCCUAUCCAAAGCUUAACAUCACAAAUAUUGUCGAAUAUUCUCACGAGGUGGCGAUUGAGAAGUGGUGCCGUGAAGAGGGUACACCUUGCAAGUGGACGCAUACUGUACGACCGUACCAGUGCAUAGACGGAGAAUUCAAAUCGGAAGCGCUACAAGUACCACAUGAUUGCCGCUUCUCACAUGUGAACUCUGGCGAAUCCUGCAAUGACUAUCAACAUUGGCGAGACGAAGCCGCAAAACAGUGCUCAGCUAAGACUUUCAACGGUAAGGGUAUGACUGUCCGUUCAUUCGCUGUUUUGGAACCAUGCAGCCUCGACUUGUUCACUGGUGUUGAAUUUGUUUGCUGCCCUACAGUAGUUGUUGGCGCUCGCACGAUAGAGAAGGCAAAUAAAUUGCCUCUAAAAGAGGAAGAUGACGAUGAUGAUGAAUAUGAUGAUGAGUACGAUGGCAGCGAUGAAGAUGCCUCCGAUGAGAAAUCCUCUGAGGGACAAGAUCCGUAUUUCAAGAGUAAAGAUCCUGUGAAUGAGCACGAGAAUUUCAAGGAUGCUGAAGAGCGUCUGGAUAAGAAGCAUCGUGAAAAGAUUGAGAAGGUCAUGAAGGAGUGGGGAGAGCUUGAGGCACGAUAUCAGCAAAUGAAGCUGAAAGAUACAAAGGGAGCUGAAUCCUUCAAGGUUUCGAUGACAAACCGAUUCCAGAAGACUGUUGCUUCACUUGAAGAUGAACACAAGAGAUUGAAAAAACAGCUUGAAGCUACCCAUGAAGAACGAGUUCAGGCUAUCCUCAAUGAGAAGAAGAGAACGGCAACACAUGACUAUCGUCAAGCUCUCGCCAUGCAUGAUAAAUCUGCGAACAAACAUCACGUCCUGAAAACUCUUAAGACUUACAUCCGAUCUGAGGAAAAAGAUCGUAUUCAUACCAUCAAUCGUUACCGCCAUCUUCUUCGCGUUGAUCAAGCUGAAGCUGCCGCUUUCAAGCCUACUGUACAUCGACCUUCGCAUCAACGGCACUUUGGCUAUGCUUCGCGACUUCCCAGAUCUCGAAAGCCAAUCGCCUACUGGUCUGAUUUCCGACGAGAGAACACACCAGAGCUGUCCGACGCGGCAAUUGAUGCUUUGAACUCGCUCGAUAGCGAUGCGAAGAACAAGAAACUGGUGGAUCUCUACAAGCCUCACCAUCGACGACGACAACUGCUAACAAGGCCACCCAAACCGCUCCUCUCCGAAGAUUCACGCGAUUCUGAAGAGGAUGACGAUGAGUACUACGAGGACGAGGAUGAUGAGGAGGUUAAGAAGAAUCCUAUCAUUAAGAAGCCAAAGAUUAUUGAAAUCCAACGAAAGGAGGACGUAAAGAAGGUAGAGGCACCAAAAUUGGUUGAGAAAUCUGUUCAAACUGAUCCACUUCCUACUCCUGAUGAUUCCGACUCAGAUGAGAGCGAGGAAGACGAGGAUUCUAUCAAGGAGCUUCGCGUGGAUAUCGAGCCUAUCAUUGAAGAAAAACCGGCCUAUUACCGCCAAGAGAAAUUGAUUCAAAAUCAGGUUAGUUAUAUUACCUUUAUAUUCUGGUAGCU